AUGACCAAGAAACGGAUUGCUGUGAUUGGGGCUGGAAUUAGUGGACUAGGUGCCAUCAAGUGCUGCUUAGAUGAAGAUUUGGAGCCCACCUGCUUUGAGAGAAAUGAUGAUAUUGGAGGCCUGUGGAAAUUUCAAAAAAAUCCUUCAGAGAAAAUGCCCAGUAUCUACAAAUCUGUGACCAUCAACACCUCCAAGGAGAUGAUGUGCUUCAGUGACUUCCCCAUACCUGACCAUUUCCCCAACUAUAUGCAUAACACUAAACUCAUGGAUUACUUUAGGAUGUAUGCCAAACACUUUGGUCUUCUGAAUUACAUUUGCUUUAAGACCAAAGUGUGCAGUGUGCGGAAGCGUCCAGACUUCUCCACCAGUGGACAGUGGGAUGUUGUUGUGGAGAUGAAUGAAAAACAAGAGACCUUGGUCUUUGAUGGAAUCUUAGUCUGCAGUGGGCAUCACACAGACCCCUACUUACCCCUUCACUCCUUCCCAGGCAUUGAAAAAUUUGAAGGCUGUUAUUUCCACAGCCGAGAAUACAAAAGUCCUGAGGACUUUGUAGGAAAGAGAAUCAUAGUGGUGGGUAUUGGGAAUUCUGGUGUGGAUAUUGCUGUGGAGCUCAGUAGUGUGGCAAAACAGGUGUUCCUCAGCACCAGAAGAGGAUCGUGGAUUUUGCACCGUGUUUGGGAGAAUGGUUAUCCCAUGGAUAGUUCAUUUUUCACUCGGUUCAAUAGCUUUCUCCAAAAAAUAUUAACUACAUCACUGAUUAAUAACUACCUGGAGAAGAUACUGAACUCCAGAUUCAAUCAUUCCCACUAUGGCCUGCAACCCAAGCACAGACUUCUAAGUCAGCAUCCAACUGUCAGUGAUGACCUGCCAAAUCACAUAAUUUCUGGAAGAGUCCAUGUGAAGCCUAAUGUGAGGGAGUUCACAGAGAGAGAUGUCAUUUUUGAAGAUGGCACUGUAGAAGAGAAUGUGGAUGUUGUAGUUUUUGCUACAGGAUAUUCUUUUUCUUUUCCUUUCCUUGAUGGUCUGAUUGAAGUGGCUAAUAAUGAAGUGUCCCUGUAUAAACUGAUGUUUCCUCCUGACUUGGAGAAGCCAACAUUAGCUGUCAUCGGGCUCAUCCAGCCACUGGGCAUUGUUUUGCCUAUUGCAGAACUGCAGUCUCGCUGGGCUACACGAGUGUUCAAAGGGCUAAGCAAAUUACCCUCAACAAAGACCAUGAUGGCCAACAUUGCUCAAAGAAAAAGGGCUAUGGAUAAACGUUACGUGAAAACAGCCCGGCACACGAUCCAAGUGGACCACAUUGAGUACAUGGAUGAGAUUGCCACCUUGGUGGGGGUGAAGCCCAACCUGCUGUUUCUCUUUCUCUCAGAUCCAAAGCUGGCCGUGGAGGUUUUCUUUGGCCCCUGUACUCCAUACCAGUACCGCCUGCAGGGGCCAGGGAAAUGGGCUGGAGCCCGGAGAGCCAUCCUGACCCAGAGAGAGAGAAUCAUUAAGCCCCUGAGGACUCGCAUUGUCAGCGAAGACAGUCACUCGGCCUCAUGGCUCUCUUGGAUAAAGAUGGCAACAUUUGGCCUGGCAUUUCUGGCAGCUGGUUCAGCAUACUUUAGAUGUAUUCGCCAUGGUGAACGGAAAUAA